AUGGCAUCCAAAGGCACCUCCUUGAGGGACCGCCAGAUCGCCUCCCUCAAGAAGAUCUUGAACCUGAACGAUGCCAUUGAUACGACCGAGACCGACGAAUCCCACGUGAGCGCGAUCGCACCGUCAUCCAUCCUCACGGCAGAGGGCGAACCGAUAUGGAAGGUCCUUUGUUUCGACGACCUUGGACGUGAUGUCUGCAGCUCUGUCCUCACGGUUCAGAACCUCAGGUCUCUGGGCGUUACCCUCCACACACAUAUUGGCGCCUCGCGACACCCGAUCCCAGACGUUCCCGUCAUCUAUCUUGUCGAGCCAACGCCUCAGAACCUGAAGCAAAUCACUGUCGAUCUACAGAACGGGCUCUACUCUCCAGCAUAUAUCAAUUGUUUGGGAGGCAUUCCGCGAGCAGCUCUGGAGGAUUUCGCCGCGGAGACUGCCGCUGCCGAAACAUCAGAAAACAUUGCCCAACUCUUCGACCAAUACCUCAACUUCAUCGUCGAGGAGCCUGAUCUGUUCAGGCUGGGAAUCCCAAAGGCAUACUCGGCGCUCAACAGCGCCAAGACGACAGACGAGAAGCUUGAUGAGCUGGUAGACACCAUCGUCAAUCGGCUGUUCAGCGUUGUCGUGACCAUGGGCGUUAUUCCCAUCAUCCGGUGCCCCAAGGGAGCCGCUGCUGAGAUGAUAUCUGCAAAGCUCGACCGGAAACUGCGCGACCACAUCCUCAACUCGAAAGACAACCUCUUCUCUUCAAGCGCCCGGUCAAACACAUCAGCAACACCCACAUCACGCCCUGUGUUGGUCAUUCUCGACCGAGAUGUGGAUCUUCUCCCAAUGCUUUCGCAUUCCUGGACAUACCAGUCCCUGGUGCAAGACGUGCUCUCUAUGGAGAAGAGGCGCAUCACCAUUGUGGAUGAGGGAAAGACGAAGAAGACUUAUGAUUUGACCAACGAGGACUUCUUUUGGAGAAAAAAUAGCCUGUUACCGUUUCCCCAGGUCGCCGAAGACAUUGAUUCUGAAUUGACGAAGUACAAGGAAGAGGCCACGCAAAUCACAGCCAAGACCGGUGUGACCGAUCUCGAAGACCUGCAAAAUGACACGAGCGCCAGUGCGCAGCACCUCAAAGCCGCCAUCACGUUGCUUCCCGAAUUACGAGAGCGCAAGGCCGUGCUGGAUAUGCACAUGAAUAUCCUGGCUGCUCUUCUCACCGGCAUUAAAGAUCGGCAGCUCGACAACUACUUCCAGCUUGAGGAGAACAUCACCAAGCAGACCAAGGCGCAAAUGAUGGAGCUCAUCAAGAGCGAUGAGGGACAAGCCGCCGACAAGCUGCGACUCUUCAUCUACUUCUUCCUGAGCUCCAACUCGGAACAGGCCGAACUGAGUCGAACGGAGUGGGAGGGCUUCGUCGAAGCGCUGACGGCCGCGGGCGCGGACGUCGAGUGUCUGCCAUAUAUUCGACACCGUCUCACCGACCGGCUGAAGGAGAGCGGCGUGCCCACGGGCCUUUCCUCCAACUUUGAGUCGCUCAUCGGCGGCAUCAAGACGUUCCUGCCCGCCGACCGCGACUUCACCAUCACCAAGAUCAUCGAGAGCAUCAUGGACCCCUCGACGGCCUCGAGCACGGCCAUCGCCAAAACGGAAAACUACCUCUACUUCGACCCCCGCUCCGCCAACGCCCGCGGCACCAUGCCGCCGCCCAGCUCCGUGCGCGCCGGCGGCACAGGAUCCGCCCUCCCCGGCGGUCUUCCGGGCCAGGGCGGUCCCGGUGGCCCCGGAGCCGGCACGGGCGCCAGCUUCGGCCAGCGCCGUCAGGGCUUCUCCGAGGCCAUCGUUUUCACCGUCGGCGGCGGCAGCAUGGACGAGUACGGCAACUUGCAGGAGUGGGUCGCGCGGACGGGCGGCGAUCGCGCGCGGAAGAGGGUCGUGUACGGGUCGACGGACCUGCUCAACGCCCAGGCGUUCUUGGAGCAGGAGCUGAACACGCUGGGGAGGGAGGUGGCGUCUUAG